UGCCUCAUCGAGCACAGAGAGUUCAGCCUGGCAGACGAGUUUACAAGCAGGGAAGGAGUUGCCAAGCUGGAACAGGUUUGGCAGGAAAGAAGGGACAAGGAGGGCAAGGAUAAUUUAAGAAUGAGGAGAGAAAAAACAGCAGUGGAUAGAGAAAAUGAGGAUGAAGAGGAGGAGGGGAUAUCAUGGGAGGAGUAUAGGAGUGGGAGUGAGGAAGAUACAAGUAGAGAUGAAGGGCCGCCUUGCUCUCAGAGGCAGUCAGGGCAAAAAAGGACACAUCGGUCACAGUCAGACUUUGCCCUGAAACUGAAGGAUGUUAAGGGCUUAACCUUUGACUCUCUGGAUAGUUUAGGUCGUUUAUGUCCAGGCAUUUGCUCCAUGUCUGUGAGUGUUGACAGUAAUGAAAACACUAGAGGAGGAAGCAAGGUAUCUGUGUUAGCCGCGGGCCUCAAGGCCUGGUCCGGUCAGAUGCAGAGACUCUCAGUCCAAUUCCCAGGAAAUCUGGACAACCUCCUUCCCUCUCUGUUAGUUGCAGGGUCCUCUCUGAUUUCUCUUACACUUGAAGGGGUGAAAACCAACUCCUACACCAGACUCCUGCCAGUCAUCAGGGCCUGUCCCAGACUCAGAGACCUGCUCAUUUCUGCUGAGCCUUCUCCCUCCUUCCUACAAAUAGAACAUGAGGAGGAUCAACAGGACAAUGGAGAUCUUCCACGUCUGCCUAACCUUUGCUCUCUCACACUCAGUUUCUCCUAUGAGCACAGCCAAAUAAAGCCUGCCAUGUUCUGGAUGUCCCUGAAGACGGUCCUCAGGUGUCUCCUGACCGGUUCCCUUUACUGGAGAAGCUCUCACUCGUCUCCCUGCCGUGCCCCUUGGACUACACUUUACAGAGUGUGCUACGCACAGAGAACUAUGAGCCGCGUGCUUCUGCAGAAUCCACAGGCUCACCUCUCGUGCCGCUCGGUCGGGUACGCCACGUUGAUCUGCAGCGGACAGACGUGA